AUAGCAAUACAAAUAUACAAUACAAUAACAAUAUUGUUCAGAAAUAAUUAGGAAUUGCGUAUUUACAGUGCCAGACGCCAGUCUACAGUCUUUAAAACAAUUUUGCAAGUUUACUUAUUGAAACCAACGCAACUUAAGACGUCUACCAUCAUCUGACCCAAUUUUCAGACCGAUACUCGUGAGUACAGGUGUUACAGCAGUCAUGUGCUUGGAACGGAGCCACAAUGACAUCUGUAAUAGAUUUUUGGAGCCAGUUCCCAUGAAUGACACCAGAGACGAGUUUGGGCCUAGUGAAUCCGACAUGGAAAUCGAUGAGCGUGUCAGGUACAACUUGUUGCUGCCCAACGAUGAAGAUGAGUCGGAGACAGGCUACAUAAGCAAUAUGGAGGACAGUGAUGAAGAUGAUAACUAUACUCAUUCGAGUACCAUUCAUGACUUAACAAAUGAAAUAAAUCAAAAUUCUUACUUACCGAGUGUAUCAAAUAUUUGGGAAACUAACAAUACUGAUCAAUCUAGUGAAGACAGAGAAUUUGAUUUGAAUAUACCACAAAUAUUGUUAUCGAUGGCCAGAGUAUCACAGAAUUUGGACACUAUAAUUUCUGCCCAUCUCGUCAACUCGGCAUCUCGUAAUUAAUUAGUCUUAUGUAUGUAUACUAUAAUAUUGUUAAAUUUAAUAAGUAUUCUGUACAUUUUCAUUAAAAAUAUACUUUAGUUCAGUAAAAUUAUUAACUGUUUAAAGGAACAUUUAUAAUUAUAUUAUUAAAAAUUAAACCCUUCAACAAGGUGCAUUUGAUUUUAACAAUUGUACAACGUUAAUUAAAUAAAAUCCGAUCAAUGCUCC